AUGGGCGUGAAUCAAUAUCAGACGGGCGAUUUUCCAUCGGCUUUGACCAAUUAUCAGAAAGCAUUACAAAUUCUCGAAAAAUGUCUACCGCAUAAUCAUCCAGAUUUGGCUCAAAUAUAUACAAACAUCGCUUCUGCAUACGAGUCACUUGGCGAAUAUUCAGUGGCAAUGCUUUACGCUGAAAAAGCACUGGAAAUACAAAAGAGAGUGCUUCCAUCGAGCCAUCCAUACUUGGGUAUAGCCUAUAACACAAUUGCCGUUUUGCAUCUCUCAAUAGGGAAUAAUAUCUUAGCACAUUCGAACCUAGAAAUAUCUCGUGACAUUUUAGAAAACUCCCAACUCUCAAAUAAUCCAAUAAUGAUAAAAAUUUACACGCACAUUGGAUUUUUGCAACGAUCUCUUUGCAAUUAUCAAGAAGCACUUUCAUACUUCCAGAAAGCCCUUGCAAUCGCGAGUAAAUCUUUACCAUCUGAUCAUCUAGAUAUUGCUUCGUUACACGUCAAUAUUGGUAUGAUUAAAAGUGAAAUGAGUGAUUUUUCGUCUGCAGUCGAAUAUUUGGAGAAAGCGCUGAAAAUAUAUAAAGAACUACAUUUAUUAGAUCAUUGGGAAUUUGGGAGAGCGCAGCUCAUCAUGGGUUCUCUACACCAAAGAAAAGGCGAUUUUACAGUAGCUCUUCUUCACCUUGAGAACGCUCUUGCCAUUCUGAAACAAAAGAUGUCACCUACUCAUCCUCUUGUAGCUGUGGCAUAUCGAGAGCUUGGUUCAGUACAACAAUCAUUAGGAAAUCUUUCAUCUGCACUAUGCCACUACGAAGAAGCAGUCCGAAUUCAAAAACAAAGUCUUGGAGAUCAUCACCCAGAGCUGCUUUCCACUUACGCAUGCAUUACGAUCUUGAAGGGACUAAGCGGUGAUAUUAGCGGAAUGAUGGCGAUCAAUCAAAAUAUCCUUCAAAUAAAACGAGCUACGGCUGCUUUGAACAACACAUCUGCUGAUUACGAAAAUAACGUUAUGAAACGCACAAUUGAUCUACUACAAGAACAGUAUUCUACCGUAAAUCAAGACUGUGCAAAUCUUGAUGCAUGCAUGAAAAACAACGGAGCACUAAAUCUAUUUCAAACAGCGCAGUCUUUUUGCCAAAUCUCCAAGAUAACUAAACAACAGAUGGAAGCACAAUCAGUAUUGAGAUCGGACGCUGCCUUGUCGUCUGGGACUAAUGAGAGUGAUUUGCAAUUAUUGAUAGAUAUAUCUAUGGAGAAUAAUAAACAGAAUCAACUAUUCACUGCAAAACUGCAAAAUUAUCAUCUAGUAUCGCAAAAUUCGUCAAAUGAUGAAUCAGAAGCGGCUCAUCUCAAUGAUUUAAAAGAGUAUGUGCUGCAAUCUUGUGCCUCAUCUAUAGAUUUCCUCGACACUUUCCGAAGACUUCUUCCUCCGAAUGAUAUAUCGUUGGUUAUGCAAUAUAAUCAAGUAGGUAUUGAUUUGUGUACGGUGAUGGAGUAUGAAAAGGCGCUCAUGGUCUUUGAAAAGGUGCGUGAUUUGCUUUUACGAAGUCAUCCUGUCAAUCAUCAAUAUCUAGCAUAUACAUACAAUUCUACAGCAUCCGCUCUUUAUGCCAUGGAACGCUACCCAGAAGCAUUCGACUGUGCAAGAGAGUCAGUCACAUCUGCAAUCCUAGCUUUUGGACCGGAUCAUCCAGAAACCCGAGCUUAUGAAAAUCAAUUGGACACAAUAAUACAAAAACUUUCAUCGUAA